AUGGAAUUAAAGCGGCGUACCACCACCUCCUCAGAGCCGGUGCUGGAGGAUGGCCACUUGGGCGACUUUGGCAAGCGCUACACUUUAGGCAAACAGAUCGGGAAAGGAUCUCAGGGCGUCGUGCACCUUUGCCACGACCGCGAAAGCGGCGCUUGCAAAGCCGUGAAGAUGCUCGACCGGAGAAACAAGACGGCCUGGGCAACCUACAAGCGAGAGGUGGAACUGUCUCAGGCCACGACGGGGAAAAAUAUCGCCAGCGUGAUGGAGGAGUUUGUGGACGCAGAGCGCUGCUAUGUGAUCAUGGAGAAGUUCGAGGGACACCUGCGAAAAGCGCUGAAGUGGGUGGCCAAGGAGAACGGCGAUGAGGCUGCAGGCCUCGACGCCUACUCCCUUAGCAACGUUGUGCGGCAGGUCCUCAGCGCCAUUUUGCACCUGCACACCUGCGGCGUGGUGCACCGUGAUGUCAAGGCGCACAAUCUUCUCAUUGACCGCUACGAUCUCCGGGAUUCGAAGUGCCGCAUCGUCCUGUCAGACUUUGGCCUUGCGAGGCGCCUGGAGCCCGGCCGAUUCCUUUGCGCACAGGUUGGUACCAGGAAAUACUGGGCGCCUGAGUUGUACGAGAAGAAGUACUGGCAUGUGGUCGACGUCUUUGCCGUCGGCGUGCUGAUGUUUCUAGCAGCCAGCAACAUGUACCCCUACCAGGUCGGGCACGCGGAUUGGGCAAGUUACACCACCUUUUGGAAGGUCAACAUUUAG